AUGGCAGCGACCAAAGCGGAGCUGCUGCGUUCCACCAUGCAGAUCUCUGAGCCGCUGGCCGGCUUCCUGCCGCCGCUGUCCCCGCUGGACGGCUUCCACAAGCUGGAGGAGCUGCACAUGCUGCUGCAGAACGCCGCGGCCGCAGCGGAGGGAGCCGGGGAGUACGGAGAUUCUCUGUUGGAGUUCCCGGACUUCCCCCCUAUCACCCCCCGCCUCCCCCCUCUGGCCUACAGCGGUCGUUUCACCUUCGAACCGUCCGGCGGGGUCAGCGCCCUCUGGGCGGAGCCUCUGCUCAACCUGUUCACGGGGUUGGUCAACAUGGCAGCUCCUCCCCCUGCAGCCAGCAGCCUCUCCACCCCUUCAUCGUCAGUGACAUCAUCAGUGACAUCAUCCUCGCUGUCCCAGCAGAGCUUCAGCUGUGUCUCCGCUGACGUGGCCUCGGUCUUCUCCGCCACGCCGCCGUACACCUCCCCUGUCGGCUCCGACCUCCUCCCCCCCCCCGCCGGCUCUCAGCAGAGCCUCCAGAACUUCCGGCCACACGGCCCCCCUCCUGCCUACCCCGCCUCCAGGCCCGAGCCGGCCUCCCUGGCGGUGCCGGUGCUCCCGGACUACCUCCUGUCGCAGCAGGACGACGACCUGGGUCUGAACCGGGACCAGAAGCCCGUGCUGCCGCAGACCCUGAACCCUCAGCUCACGCCGCUGUCCACCAUCAAAGCCUUCUCCUCGCAGAUCCAGACCCAACCUCAUGGCUCCGCCUACCAGCUCACCAAGUCCGGUCGAACCAGGAAGUCCCCGGUGGGCAGGCAGUGCAAGACUCCGCCUCACGAGCGCCCGUACGCCUGCCCCGCCGACGGCUGCGAGCGCCGCUUCUCCCGGUCCGACGAGCUGACGCGUCACGUGCGUGUGCACACGGGCCAGAAGCCGUUCCAGUGCCGCAUCUGCAUGAGGAGCUUCAGCCGCAGUGACCACCUGACCACGCACAUCCGCACGCACACCGGGGAGAAGCCGUUCGCCUGCAGCGAGUGUGGACGCAAGUUCGCCCGCAGUGACGAGCGCAAGCGCCACUCCAAGAUCCACCAGAGACAGCUAGAGCGCAAGAGUGACAGGAGCUCCGCCCCUUCUGCCCCCCACCCCGUCACAACACCACCCGCCUACUCCUACACUCACACCUCCUUGCCCUGCUCCCCCUACACCUCCUCCGCUCACAGCUCCCCCUCCCUCUCCAACUCGCUCUUCCCCUCAUCCCUCUGCAUGCAGGCAGCCUCCCCCUGCUUCACCUCCCCCUCCUCCCCCCACCUGUACGCCUCCUCCUGCUCCUCGCCGACAGCGAGUCCUCGGUCGGAGCUCCCCUCCCCAAACAGCUCCAACCUCUGCUGAGAAACCCGAAGUCCGCCUUGACCUUUGACCUCAGACUGAAACUUUAACCUGAUCAGCACAUUUCACAUAAAAACUUUAUUUUUGUGUUUGUCCAGUGUUGACGAGGUCAAAGGUCGAUAGCCGUGUGCAGCAGAGCAGCCGACGCGUGUUUCAGAGUUCGUCAGAAAAUCUGAACCGAACUUUAAUCUUCAGCACAAAAAGCUCUGGACCAAAGUGCAGAAUGUAGAGACCUGAUGCUCUGUGAUUGUGUUUGUAAAUGAAGUUUACAUGUUGUGUUCAUUCACAAGUCUUUACCUACUGAGUAGGUCAGUGUUAUAUACUGAACACGUUUCUACUUCAGAGACAAGAAUAAAACGUCUAAAUCCA